CCACGUCACCCUUCUCAAACCUGUUGUCGCUAUCAUGACGCAUCGCUCGAUGGUCCAUCAGGCGCUGGCGGCGAUGCUUGUACUCGUAUGCUGCAUGACGCUGCCCGUCGUCGACGGCCUCAAGCAGAAGUGGUCGUUCACGGAGGAAACGCGGCGGCAGUUCCUCAUUGAACGCUUCGGGUUCGAUGUCGGCGGGCACAUGGAUGUCCAAGUCGAGAUCCCACACUUGUCGCAGGCUCCGCGGAGCAGUCUUCUCUUCGUGCAUGAGGACGAACUCGUGGAAGACGCCGCGGCAUACUUCACGCAACCAUACAACGAAGACCUGUGUCUCCUGGACAACCAGACGGCGACUGACCGCAUGGACUUUGCCGACAACACGACGUGGCAUCUGUCGCACACCGUCGCUACCCCCGGCUUCUACUAUCUCCUCUUUGCCCACUGCGGCGACACGGACACGAGUCUCACGUUUUCGAUGGACGCUAGCUUUUUGAACCCAAAUGCCAACUAUUUGUCGUCGGGAGAUGCGCUUGUUCCGUUGAUUUACCUCUUGACGAGCGUUAUAUUUGGGACUGGCGUCGUCCUCUGGGCUCGAACCCUGCACCGAAAUGCCCUGCAUAUUCACCAUAUCCACCACAUGAUGACUGGGUUGCUGCUGCUCAAGGUGGUAUCGACGUUUUGCGAAUCGAUGCGGUUCUUCUACAUGAAAUCCCACGGCGACACUUUAACAUCGUGGAACGUGGUGUUUUACAUCUUCAUGUUCCUCAAGGGCAUGGCUAUGUUUGUGGUGAUUCUGCUCAUCGGCACGGGAUGGUCCAUCUUGAAGCAGCAUUUGAACCGCACGGAAAAGCGCAUUGUGUUUGUCGUGCUUCUGUUGCAGGUGGCAAACAACGUUGCCGUGGUGGUUCUGCAAGAGUCGUCUGUGGGGACACAAGCGUGGGUGCGCUGGCGUGAUGCGAUGCAUUUGCUUGAUAUUUUGUGCUGCUGUGCGAUUUUAUUUCCGAUUGUGUGGAGUAUCCGCCAACUUCGUGAAACGGCCCAAGUUGACGGCAAAGCCCAAAUCAAUUUACGCAAAUUGACGCAAUUCAGAGGCUUUUACGUGGCCGUGGUCACGUAUGUGUACUUUACCCGCAUUGCGCUAUACCUUUUGGCGGCAAGUUUACCGUAUACUAUGACGUGGGUGACAGUCGCGGUAGCGGAGGUGGCUGCGUUGGCAUUUUACGCUUACACUGGUAAAAAAUUUCAGCCCCAAACCGCGCAUCCGUACUUGGCGUUGCACACGCAAGUGGAUUUGGAUGAGUUUGGACUGGACGACAACGAAGACUUCGACGUGAGCACUCGCGACCUCAGUCCUCGCCGUGGAAAUCCCACUGGGGCGAGUUCCACCAAGUCUGUUGUUAACACCACACCGCACUUUCAGCACGUUUAACUAACUACAUUACCUCGGUUCACUUUAGACUGGGAUAAAUAUACUACUACUAAAAUGCUAUUACUAGUAUUACUACUCUUCA